CUGAUUGUCGAAACUGAAAAUUUAUUUCUUUCAGCGAUGACAUCUGAAGAUGAACAGGCCUUUUUGCCAAAGCCCGAACCACAAGAUGUAUGCUCUGAAAUAAUACUGGGUACAUAUACUGAAGACAGAAGUUAUCAAUGGAACGCAUAUUGGAAAACCAUUAAGCAAGAGCCAUAUCAUAAUAAUCAUUGGAGAAGUGAGCUUGCAGAGGAUCAUUAUGAAAGUGAAAAACUCUUUGACCAAAUGUCCAAUCACAGUAUACAUCAAGUUAUUCCUAUUGUGGAGAUGAUACUCAAAGAAAGUAAAUGUGAGGAAUCUCUUCAGGAAUCUUCAACUUACACCAAACAAGAGGGUAUUCAUGCUGGGGAGGAGGCUUACAAAGGAAAUGCCUGUGGUAGAAUCUCCAGUCAAAUAUUCAAUCCAAGUAAACUGGAAGAAAUCCAUAGUGGACAAGACCCUUAUGAAUGUAAAGGUUCUAGUACAACAUCUAAUUGGCCUUCAGGUUUUACUCUAAAUCAGAAAUUUCAUACCGGAGAGAAGACUUACAAAUGUAAAGUAUGUGGCAAAGCCUUUAAUCACUCCUCACACCGUAAUCGUCACCAGCGUAUUCAUACUGGAGAGAAGCCUUAUAAAUGUGCAGAAUGUGGCAAAUCCUUUGGGUCAUCCCCACAGCUUACUCUGCAUCAGAGAGUUCACACUGGAGAGAAGCCUUAUAAAUGUAGGGAAUGUGGCAAAGCCUUUGGAUGCUCCUCAGGCCUUAUUAAGCAUCAGAGAGUUCAUACUGGAGAGAAGCCUCAUAAAUGUAGAGAAUGUGGGAGAGCGUUCAGUGAGACCUCAGGCCUUAAGCGACAUGAGAGAGUUCAUACUGGACAUAAGCCUUAUAAAUGUAGAGAAUGUGACAAAGCAUUUAGCUACUCUUCAUCCCUUACUUCUCAUCAGAGAGUUCAUACUGAAGAGUGGCCUUAUAAAUGUAGAGAAUGUGGCAAAGUUUUAAGCAAGGCCUCAACCCUUAUUGAACAUCAGAGAGUCCAUACUGGAGAGAAGCCUUAUAAAUGUAAUGAAUGUGGCAAAGCCUUUAGUCAGUCCUCAACCUUUAAUAAACAUCAGAGAGUUCAUACAGGAGAGAAACCUUAUAAAUGUAAUGAAUGUGGCAAAGCCUUUUGGCAUUACUCGGGCUGUAUAAACCAUCAGAGAAUUCAUACUGGAGAGAAGCCUUUUAAAUGUAAUGAAUGCGGCAAAGACUUCAGGGAGUCGAGAAAACUUACUCGCCAUAAGAAAAUUCAUACUCGUGCCCUAGGUGAUUUGGCUCAGUGGAUAGAAUAUCGGACUGCAGACUGAAGGGUCCUAGGCUCAAUCCCAGCCAAGGGCACAUA